GCUUUUCAGUAUAGGGUGGAGUUAUCUUAUGUCAUGCUUCACAGUCGUCGACGGAAGCAUCUCAUCUCUCUAUUCAUAUUGUAUCCUGUUUUGUAUAUCCCAACGAGCUCUUUGCUUUACGAAGACGCUUAUGGAGGCGUUUGGAACAAAAAAAAAAGAAAUGUCCAAGCAGUCUACUUAUUGGAAGGGGAUGAAAACUUUCUCAACUGUAUUAAAUAGUGGCUUGCGUCGAUGCUGGAACGUCAGUCGACAUUUCCCCGUCAUGUCAUCCAAAGGUUUCGUGAUAUUUACCUUCAUUUUAACACUGACGGCGACGCCCAGCUGGAGUCAGGAUUACGAAGUGGCCGAUGUUAAAUGCCAUUUGUAUGGAGAUGCAGUUGCUGGAACAACUGCUUUCCCUUAUUCGGAGGGGACGUCCAAACAGAAAAUGGUAGCCCGAUUGAAGAAGCCACAAUACUUUCGUGGGCAUCCUCUGUUCGCUGAUGACUUGAAAGUCAAUCCCUACACGGACUCCUAUUGUUCCAUUGUGCCCGAGCCUGGUGAUAAAACGGGCCGUAUCUACCGCCUGAUCAUCACGGACCUUUCCCGUUGCGGAGUCACCCAUCAUGGCGGUUAUGUCCACGUUCGCAUAUGGUUUCCACUUUUACCUGGUGCCAUGACAUCGCACGACCAGGAAGUUAUUCUUGUCUGCAAGCCACUAGAAUCUACAGUCCUGACACACAAAGUGUCUGAACUGUCCAGCACGGCUCCAAAACAAGCACGCGUAUCGGGAGUGGUGGAAGAAACAUCUUCCAAACUUGAGUACCAAGUCGAUGUCUACCGCUAUGUCGAUGUGAGUCCAUACCCAACAGCCCAACGGCAAACUUCGUUAAAUGGUGCCAGUAAAACUAGCCCUACAGGUCCAUACCUGGUUCCCGUUGAUAGUGCGGUUUCAAUUGGCAGUCGCUUGCAACUCAGAACGAAUUUCAAUCAGCAAAGUGCAUGGAAAUAUGCCAAACUAGUGGAAGUGACUGUAUCAACAGAUCCACAAGAUGCACAUGCUGAUGGUUAUGUGCGUUUACUCCAUCUAGGAUGUGUUCCACCAGAGAUGAAGAGCUUGAUGCGCUGCCAAGUAAAACGUCUUCCUGCAAAGCCGUCUGAAGUCUGGCUAGAUUUCGAAGCCUUUUUUCUUGCUCCUACGAAUUAUUCGCUUCAGUCGAAGAAACCUAGACGUGAAGGCCAGCAAUGGAUCCACACAACUGUUCUUGCGUGUCUGAAAGAUGAAGAUUGCCCGCCGGAGACCUGCGAUGAUCCUGACAACCCGUCAGGGUAUGGAAGACGGAAAAGAUCGUCAACAGUCAAUGAGACUAGCAAUGAAGUGCAGUUUGAUCAAAGACCGAUUGCCAUUCAAAUUGUUGUACCUAAAGGUGAAGGUGAUUCCAGCAGGGAAGUAAAUUGCGGGAUUUGGAUUGUUCCGGUCGGCGUGUUAUUUUCAGUGGCAGCUGCUAGUCUUCUUUUGUUAUUCAUCACCUGCAGGUGGAACAUGCAAAAGAAAAAACAACUCUCCAUAAUGGAAAUGCCUCCUAACUUUACUACCCCACAAGGGAACUUCCACUAGAAUCCAAUCUGUAAAGUUUAUCAAACAUACGCUAUUCUUCAAAUAGUUAAAAAAGGUUAUAUUGGGAAAAAUGCAAAGAAAAGUUAUUUAAAAAUGCAUUCUUGAUAUUGUAUGAUUGCUGAACGUGAUACACUUGUAAACUCCCGAAUGAUUUCGAAU